AUGCUCGACCACUUCGUGAAAACCGUCUUGAUGUUAUUGGUAAGCUUCCGCUUUGCUUUUUCGAAUCCCAAUGUGCUCCAGGUGAGUUUGCUUGGCCUCCUCAUCAACUCCUUCCUAGUUCUGAAGCUUUCUUCGAUCCGGAAGGCUCUGAACUCCUUCCAAAAGCUCUGUUUCGCCAAAGCCCUUUCGAAUGCGCUCAUCUGCGGAGCGCUUCUCUUCUGGGCGGUCCCUCUUUCCGCACUUUCCAUGCCGACCGAUCAUGUCUGGCAUUCCCUGAACGUUGGAAUCGCUCAAGUGACCGCUUCGGGCGGAUACAUAUUCGGUCCGUUGUGCCAGAUUUGCAUGGCUGCCAAUCGAGUGCUCUUCCUCUUUUUCCCGUUUUGGCGCAUGAAAAUGCAAAGGUAUCCAAGCACGAAUCUCUCAAUUCUCGUGUGCGUAAUCAUAUCGCUUUACUACACAAUAACAGGAAUGAUAGGUGAGAAUAGCAAUUGAAUCGGUUCCGUUUCUAAGAAGAACUAACAGGCUCUUGUGUUCUGAUCUACCACCCGGACACCCUUGCCUGGAGCCCCGAACUUCCGAGAUGCUCGGAUUCGAUGGACGGCUGGAUGCUGCCCAUCAUCAUUCUCUUGUCGGCCGUUUCCCUUGUCUUCAACGUCAUCACUGCCUCCAAGUUGAUCUACGAAAAAGUAUCAGGGAUAAAUGUUGCGCAGAAAGCACGGAGACGUCAGAAGUGGCUGGCAAUGUUCAUUCAGAACGUGAUUCAGGACGCGCUCCACGUCUUUGAUAUGCUCAAUUGCACACUUAUUUACAAAUUGUCCGAUUCCGAAUGGUUUCAGUUCGUCUUUCUCAGUUUAUCGUUUGCAAUUAUUUAUGCUUUGGAUGGGUAAGUAAUCGUUCAAAUGUAUGCAAGUCAGAACUGUUACUUUCAGACUGGUAAUGGUCCGUUUUGAUAUGUACGUUCGACAAACAUCGAAGAAAAACACAAAGGAAUGUGCAUUGUGUCUGUCAACAUUUUAUCUGCACGCAGGAUUUGAUAUUGUCUCUUUUUCAUUUCGACCACGAGAAAUAAACAUUUUCAUUGAACUUGGUCGCUUAUAUGGAAUCGAGAACAAAGUUAUUAUCCGAACUUUCCCCGGUAACCUACUUUCACUCCCGAAACGGAUAAUUGCGCUCCUCGAAAAGUUGCUUCCAUUCGACUUCACUUCCGAUGUUCAACCUUGAGUUUCCGGGAAAAGGUAUUUCGGAUGUCGAGAGUAAUUAAUUGAAUUUUACUUCGAAUGGAAUUGAAAUUGAAAUCGAACAUUUCUUCUGUUGUCUGUUUACUCACUUUGCUCGACUUAGGUAUGUUUUUACUUUUUUCAGGUUGAAGACAAAUUUAUUCUCAGGCGUCACUUUGGCAUGUCACUCUCUCAGCUCUCAGUAUUCUCAGCAGCCAUUUUCUCGUGCAAGAGCUCGCGGAGUCACGUCGAUGGACGGCCGUUCGAACGGAGAACCUUCGACAUUGACUACUCCACACCUCACUUGUCACUUUCCGCAUAUGGUUGGUACAUUGUAUUGUUUCAAAGUGUAUUGCAACUUAAACUGUUCAGAUAUCCGUUCCUCGUCCUCUUUGACGCCUUUCCCCGAAACGCCUCAGUUAUCGAUAGGAGAGGGAGGGAAGGCGACUUGUUCGUUCGAAGAAGACAUGGAAGCAUGUAGUUGGCACAAUGCUCAGGACACUGACCUCAAGUAGGCCCGCUUCGUAAUUAUUCAAAGUGUUCACAUGUUUCAGAUUUUGGAAAGGGGCUCGGGAUAAUGAGCUCAGUGCAAAUAAUCUCGAUGGACUGACUUCAGGUACUAGGGAAACAACCUAAUUCAAACGUUUCAUUUUUCAGGCAAACAUUUUCUGCUGGCAGGUGGAGAGUUCGGUUCAGGAAAGGCUGCGAUAGAAGUGGAAGUACCGUGUCAAUACGGAGAUGCGGAACUUCGUUUUGAGUGGGAAUUCUAUUUGAAAUGCAAUCUGUAAUUCUUCAAUUUCAGCUUCUGGACCAACUCCUUUACUGCCACACUCAAAUAUUGCAUUACUGAAGCGGGAAGCGAUAUUAAAGAUUGUCGGGUAAUAUAAUAAGAUGUUUAUUGAAAAAAGAGAUUUAUUUUUAGAACAUGAAUCCUACUUCGAACCCACUGAAUCUGUCAAUCCCUUUCACCGCCGAAGGACUGAGCAUACGCAUAGAAGUAUCGAAUUUAGACACUGAUUCUUUCGUUAUUAUCGACAAUUUACGAUACGAUGGACAGAUUUGCGAAAUCGUACGAAAAACAAAGAUUGAGUAAGGAAGAAAUGAAAUGUUUAAGGUGGAAGACACUACUUUUCAACAAGAUGCCUCCGAUAUUUCAACACUUUCUGUCACAACUCAGAACUACACAGACGCUAAAGUCUCGGAGUUUUUCGAUGAGCAUUUCUCCGACGAGGUAUUUGGUGCAACUGAAGAACAUUAAUAUUGCAUUUAACUUCUAAGGCCAAGACCUCAAACGUGGACCCUCAGAUCAGUGUCAAGGAACUCUCUCCGUGUUCCGCAUUAACUUGCACGUUCAAUGAAGAAGACUCCUGUUUCUUCAGUUUGAGUGGAUCGGGGAGCACGUAAGGAGCACGUAAGCUCAGCGGUUCCACGUUGUACUUGUUCAGAUCUUCAUGGAAUCUGAGCAAUCAUCUGGUUGGAAACCGGCACACCGGCAUACAGAGAGUCAAUCUGAACGAUCAGCAAAACGGUAAUUCGGAACUCUCCUCUAAAAAAAUCGUUUCUCUUUGCAGUAGGAUUCGCGUAUGUUGGGGAUGAUUUGACGAAUAAGUUUGGAAAUGUGUUUGUCGUGGAAUCUCCGAAAUUUGCUCUCAUCGAAGACUGCGUCUUAGUGUUUGAUGUGUACAUUCGUUCGAUAUAUCCAAAGUUGAAGGUACACAAUUAGUUUUUUCAUAGACUUUUAAGCUCAAACGAUGUUCAGGUGUGCAUCGACAACUUUGAAAACUGUCCGUAUCAAUCUCCCGCAAUCGAAACUGAAAAUUUUGGCACACUAACGAAAAAGUGA